AUGCAAGAGUAUUGUAAGAGCAUUACAUCUAAAAUCGAUUCCCUAAAUUCCAUUAGUUCUGAACUAAAGUCAGUUAAGGAGAUGCUGGAAAUGAGAAGCUCUAUGGACUUCAUGAAUUUCAAAUACGAAUUGUUGAAUAAAGACCACGAAGAAACUAAACAGGCGAUGGUUGAUCUCCAAAAAGAAAACAAUGCUCUGAAGGGAAUAUUAGAGACCUCAAUGCGCGAAUUAAUACCCUUGAACAGAACGCACGCGCUAUGA